GGGUGGAGGGCGGAGGGGCUGGAGGUUGUUGGGCUGAUGGGUUUCUGAGGUGCUUGGUGAAGGGACACCAGCGACCCCUGAGCCGGGGUCAGCCGCCUUUCUCCUCCCGUCUCCGCGCCAGAUCCGGUGCUAUCUCUUUUAUCCAGACUCGACUGACACACCAUGCCCUUCCAUGGCGAGAAGCAGUGUGUGGGCGAGGACCAGCCAAGCGACUCGGACUCUUCGAGGUUUUCGGAAAGCAUGGCUUCACUCAGCGACUGCGAGUGCUCCCGGCAAAGCUUUACAAGCGACUCCUCCAGCAAAUCCAGCUCUCCUGCUUCAAUGAGCCCUCCUAGGGUGGUAACCUUUGAUGAAGUUAUGGCUGCAGCCAGGAAUUUAUCAAACAUGACUCUUGCUCAUGAAAUUGCUGUAAAUGAGAACUUCCAGCUGAAACAAGAUGCCCUCCCAGAGAACAGUCUGUUUCUUCGCUGCAGCUUGGCUGGCCGAGUGAAGCAUAUUGUGCACCAGGCCUUCUGGGAUGUCUUGGAAUCAGAGCUAAGUGCCGAACCUCCUGAGUAUGAACAUGCUAUCAAACUGUUUGAAGAAAUCAGAGAGACUCUUCUCUCUUUUCUGACUCCUGGAGGCAACCGGCUUCGUAACCAGAUCUGUGAGGUUUUGGACACAGACCUCAUCAGGCAGCAGGCCGAGCACAAUGCUGUCGACAUCCAAGGCCUGGCCAACUAUGUCAUCAGUACGAUGGGUAAACUGUGUGCUCCCGUGCGAGAUGACGACAUCAGAGAGCUAAAGGCUACCGGCAACAUCGUGGAGGGGCUGAGACAAAUAUUUCAUGUCCUGGACCUCAUGAAAAUGGACAUGGCCAAUUUUACAAUAAGGAGUCUUAGACCACACCUUCAACGCCAGUUGGUGGAAUAUGAGAGAACCAAGUUCCAGGAAAUUUUGGAAGAAACUCCAAGUGCUCUUGAUCAGACCACAGAGUGGAUAAAAGAAUCCGUCAAUGAAGAAUUACUUUCUUUGUCUGAUACUGCUGUAACUCCUGGGGUGGAAAAUAGCUCCAAGCCAAGCCUGAGUCCUACAUUGGUGCUAAAUAACAGUUACUUGAAGCUGUUGCAAUGGGAUUAUCAGAAAAAAGAAUUACCAGAGACACUCAUGACAGAUGGAGCACGUCUUCAGGAACUGACAGAAAAGCUGAAUCAAUUGAAAAUUAUUGCCUGCCUGUCCCUAAUUACCAACAACAUGGUGGGUGCUAUUACAGAAGGCCUGCCUGAGCUUGCAAACAGGUUAAAAAGGAUUUCAGCUGUUCUUCUUGAAGGCAUGAACAAAGAGACAUCUAACUUGAAAGAAGUCCUGAAUUCAGUUGGUGUUCAGACUUGCGUUGAAGUUAACAAGAGCCUGAUGGAGAGAGGCUUACCCACUUUAAAUGCUGAGGUUCAGGCUAAUCUCGUGGGUCAGUUUUCAAGCAUCGAAGAGGAGGAUAAUCCUAUUUGGACCUUGAUUGAUAAACGAGUCCAACUAUACAUGAAAAAUCUACUUUGUCUUCCAAGCCCUCAAAAAUGUAUGCCCCCGGUGCCAGGAGGCCUUGCUGUCAUUCAGCAGGAACUAGAAGCACUGGGCUCUCAAUAUGCAAGCAUUGUGAAUCUCAACAAGCAAGUGUAUGGACCAUUUUAUGCGAAUAUACUUCGAAAGCUGCUCUUCAGUGAGGAAGCCACAGGGAAGGUAGUUGCUUCGUCUCCUACUAACUAAAGUGGACUUGGCAUCGGAUAAGAGAUUGGAAAUUCAACACUUUGGUACCCAGUUGCUUUACAUGGAUGGCAUUAUUGAUGCGGCACAUUCUCAGUACCAUCCAUGGUACAGUGUUAGCCUGAUCUGUGUUAUCCAGUCAUAUUAGCAUUACAGAAGACGUGCACAUCACAUAGACCCGAUCUGUGCAUCAUUUUCAAGUUCAAAACAGAGAUUUUUUAAUGACAGCAAUUUGUAAUUAAUUAUAUUACUUAUAUAAGACUUCUAAAUGUUUUCUUAAGCAUUUAUAUUUGGCUUAUUUUUUCAACCCAUAAGGAGUUGUUUUUCUCCCUUGUCACUCUCAAAUCUAAUGAUUUUUAAAUUGGGUACAACUUCUUAAGAAGGGUUCAAAGUUAUGAGAGUAACCAAGGGAACUAUUGUUCUAAACAAAUGACAUGAAGUAUACAAAAUUGUAUUUGAAAUGUACAAUUACAUUUUAUUCAUAUGUAAUAGAAACUUACAUAGUAAGUACUGAAAUUCCAUAAAUGUAUCAAAUCAUAUUUUGUGAUACCAAUUGCCAGUAUUUAUUUAGAAUUUAAAUUUAUUAAGUACAUUUUAAUGCUGUAUACAGAUUCUAGAUAAAACCUCCCUUGUUUGUUUAGUGAAAAUAGAAACAAUUCCCUUCUAAACUUCUAGAAGUUGGUUUCUUCUUACAAAUUAACUUGUUCUCUGAAAUAAUUUUUGCACAAAUCUGUUAGUUAAUGUCUUGAAUUUCUCAGGCCAUUGAUAAGAUUUAUUUACGAUUUCUAUGUUAUCUAUGUAAGGCAGGACUGAUUUGAACUGGUUUACGUUUACUUGUAAGAAAAUGAAGGGAAGUUAACAAUAAAAUAAGAACCCAUCCUCCAUAAAAGUUCACAUCUGAAAAUUUGGAUUUUUUUUAACCAUAUAACUUAACUAGCAAAUACCUUUUCUGCUAAUUAAAUCCUUACCAUGUUAGGACCAAGAUGCUCUUCUCAGUAUCAUUGUCAUUACCAUUAUGCCUGAGCAUUAAAUCAAACUUUGCAAGGCUGAGCACUAAUGGUCAUUGGGAUUUUAGAGAAACCUACUUAUCCUGGAAUUCCAUACUCCUUUUGGAGUCUUGAAAGAAGUCCUGCAGCUUGGAGGUAGGUAGUCAAUCUAGAAAAUGUUUUAUUUAUAUAAAAUAUAUUUUUGAUUGAUUUUUGAUUUUUUUUUCCACUAAGAACUCAUUAAACCUUAGUGAUUUGGUAGGGGAGAAUGGAUAAGAAAUAAGGCGCUCCCAGCCUCCUUUCCCUCAGCACAACCUCAACCAUUGGAGUAUUCUUCCAUUACUGUACGAAGUUUUAGGAAACAACUGAGUGAAUGAAUUAGCUCCAAUCUUCACAUUUUGAAUGACAUGUCAAAAUUGUAGGAAAUUCUGAAUGUUUUUCACAGUGGUCAGUGCAGAAGUCAGCCAUUUUGUCCACGUGAAGAGCUGUGUGGAAGUGGAGUUUUACUGAAGAGCACGUCAUUGGUCUUACCCAUAUUUAGUCCUAUGCUUAGAAACCAUAAGGUGCUAAAGACUUGUAUUGUCAUUUUCUCUUGAGCUGAAGUAAUUUUGAACCGUGCUUACCCUGGGCUGUGGGUGGCAGGGAGGGUCUGCCAGUAGGAAGGUAAUACAUGUGUAGUGUGAUUGGUUGCUUUCUGAGAUGAACUGUAUACUUAACACGUGGUGUGCUUUUUUUAUUAUCAGAUUGGAAUCCAGCAGAUACUCCUUUAUAUACUUGAUUAUGCUGCUGUUGCCUGCAGGGAAACAGUGUGCAGACAUUUUCAAAAUGCAUUUAAAAUGAAGGGCAUUCUGCUUUUUAUUUUCUCUUUUUAAGUGGCAAAGUCAAUCUCAGUGUCUCAAGUCUGGAUUUAGGCAACUACAUUUGUUAGCACUUUUUAAUUAUAUCCCUUAGCAUGUUGUUUAUUUAGUUUUUACCUAAAUGUUUACUUGUACUUUUGAGGUUUUCCUAACAUGGUCGUGUUUUGUAAUGUAAAUUUUAUUAAACACCAUAUGCAUAUUUUCAUUCUUCUGCUAAACAUGUAUUGUGUGCACU